GGCUGCCGGGGAGGCGGCGAGGGCGAGGGCAGGCGGGCAGGGGGUUAGCGCGGCUUUGCGGGCUCCGCCGCUGCUUUGCGGGCUCCGGGGGCGCCACGGUGGUGCCCGGGAAAAGGCGGGAAAGGCAGCAGCCCGCGGUGGCUCGCAGUGACGGGCCGGGAAGGGGCCCGCGGGCGAGGGGAGGCAGCUCGGAGCGGCUGCGGGUCAGGUAAUUUGCAAAAACAGACAAACCAAAAAAAAAGGAAAAAAAAACCACGAUAAGCUGUUCAGUUGCAGUAUUGAUCGCUCGGAGGUCUGGAUAGGGCUUUCGUGGUAAGCAUGGAGGAAGAGGAGGAGGAGGAUUACAUGUCUGAUUCGUUUAUUAAACAGGACGUAAGGCCAGGCUUGCCCAUGGUGAGGCGGAUGAAAGAAGCUAUUCAGAAAGAAGAGAAGCAAAAAGAAGCCAACGAGAAAAACAGGCAAAAGAGUAUAAAAGAAGAAGAAAAAGAGAGACGUGAUUUGGUGCUGAAAAGUGCAUUAGGCAGUGAGAACAGAGGCUUUGCUUUGCUCCAGAAGAUGGGCUACAAGAGCGGCCAGGCCCUUGGCAAAACUGGAGAAGGCAUUGUUGAACCUAUUCUACUGAACAUAAAAACAGGCAGAAGUGGGCUUGGUCAUGAGGAAUUCAAAAAGCGAAAAGCUGAAGAAAAACUGGAAAACUACAGAAAAAAACUUCAUAUGAAAAAGAAAGCAAAUGAACAAGCUGCAGAUCAGUUCAGAAUAAGAGUCAAAAACAAACAAGAAGAACGUAAAAUGGAAGGGGACCUUCGAAAAAGCCAGAGGGCCUGCCAGCAGUUAGAUACGCAAAAGGAUAUUGGUGUUCCCAAGGAGAUUUGGUAUUGGACAGAACCUGAAGAGGAAGAGAAAAAGGAUGAAGAGGAGAAGGAAGAUGAAUGCACAAGUUCAGACUUCAGUGUAUCAGAAAAGUUACAGAUCCUGACGGCCUAUUUAAGAGAAGAACAUUUUUACUGCAUUUGGUGUGGAAUAACCUAUGAAGAUUCUGAAGAUUUAUCUUCAAACUGCCCUGGAGACAGUGCUGCAGACCAUGACUGAAGUCCUUCCUAAAGAAAGGAAUCCUAGAUAACAUGUAUAUAGUUCAUAAUUUCUUUCUUUUUUUUUUUUUUUUGAAGAUACAGAAUAG